AUGUCGACGACGAACAGAGAGUUCAGCGCAGAAGAACUUCGUCUUUACGGUGCAAACGUGACCUCGACACCAACGUACGUGGCUGUUAAGGGGAUUGUCUUCGACGUCUCUGGCAAUCCUCUUUACAACCCUGGGAAACCAUACGCCGUGUUUACAGGCCGUGAUUCCAGCCGCGCAUUGGCUAAGACGAGUCUCGCUGAGACAGAUUGUGUGCCAGUUACGGAUGGUCUUUCAGAAAAACAGCUGAUCGCGCUAGACAAGUGGUUUCGUUUCUUCGACAAGGUAAGUGAAGCGUGUGUAUGAACACGUACGUAUUGUACAUGCAAAAGCCACUCCGUUCGAGUUACCCAUUCUCCCACUUGUGUACGCUUUGACAGGCUGCUUUGCUACAGACGCAUUCGUACACACCAGCGUGUUCUAUACGAUCUACAUGUCACCUGCAUGUAAAUGAAAAUAUAUUCAAUGCUAAUCUAGCACUGCAGAAGUACCCCAGAGUAGGAUACA